AUGCGAAGUUCUUUCUCCAUCAAAGCGGCGGGCUUUGCCCUUCUCUCGCUCGUCAACGCUCAGGAUGUAUCUGAGAACCUGGCUGGUGCCAUUGCCGACUACGAUUCUCUUUCCCUCUUCCGUUCCCUCCUCAGCGCGGCUCCUCAGGUGCUGGCUGAGACCCUUUCCAGCCAGGGCAGCAACGUCACCAUUUUGAUUCCCACCGAUAACGCUAUCAAGAGCUACCUCAAAGACUCUAGCAUCUCAGACGUGACCGAAUUGAACCAGACAAUGCUCCAAGUGUUUUUUUCAUAUCAUAGCAUGGCAGCUUCUCUGUCGUCCACAGAUUUUAGUGCUUCCCGAGGACUGUCGGUUCCCACUUUGUUGAAGAGCGAAGAAUUCAACAACAGAACUGCAGGACCUCAAAUCCAGAGCCAGUUCGGCAACAAUGCUGACGGUCAGGUUGUGUUUGCUUCGAGAGUGCAAAAGGGGAAGAGGGCGGAUGGGGAUAUCAGCGGGGCAGUCGUCAAUCUCCGAGCAGGUGAGGAGCAAAACAUCAAGAUGACUGCUGUCGAUGGAUCUUGGGGUGAGAAGAAUGCCAGCAGGUUCCAGAUCGUGGACAAAGUCCUUCUCCCCCCUCUAUCCUGCUCCCAGACGGUCAAAGCUGCCGACGACAAGAGACUUACAGCCUUGAAUGGCGCCCUUAUCAAGGCGGGUUUGUGGCCCGCUCUCGACGCCUCCAAGAACGUUACUUGUCUUGCACCAUCAACCCAAGCGUUCAAGGACGCGGGAAGCCCCGAUGUUGAGCUUUCGAAGGAGGAUCUGGGUGGGGCGCUACUGGCUCAUACCCUUAACGAAGUUACCUACUCCAACUACCUCCGUGACGGCCAAGUGAUUGGAACUUUGAACAAAACCGAGGUCCGAGUUCGAAUCAUAAAUGACGAUAUCUUCUUCAACAACGCCAAGGUAAUCGAGGCGAAUGUCCUCACCAACAACGGCCUCAUCCAUAUCCUCGAUUCAGUCAUUCAAGCUGGUGGAAAGCCCAGUGAAACCAGCACUGGAACAUCUUCCGCUGAAACUGCGAGUGCUACGUCAAGCGGGUCAGCGGCGACUUCGAGCGCUGCGACUGUCUCCCCCGACAAUGGAAAUUCUGGUAGUCGCUUGUCAAUCGAUUUUGGAAUGUUGAGUGUCUUGGUUGCGGCGUAUGCAAUCAUGUGA